CCCCGCUCCCCGAUCGGUUGUCCAAGCUUCUCCGGUUCGUCAUAGUAGCGUCAGACAAAGAACACUUUUUGCCCAACCAUAGAAUCCUCCUUCCUCACAAACCCGUCCCACAAACACAAACAACACAAAUAUCAAUAAGCUCCUCCAAAUUUUGCACUUACAAAAUCUCUACAACUUACCCAAUACAAUUUCAACAACCUAACUAGUAGCUUUGCGCAACAUACAUCUUUCAAAAUGUCGUUCCAAGACAAAGUCCAGGGCACCAUCGCCCAAAUUGAUAAGGAAGUAAGUUCCCGCACACUCCGGAUCUUGAUGCGAAUCUCUCCAAGACUGAUGCUUUCCUGGCUACGAUGGACGUGCCAAACUCUGUUGAUGUAUGAACCGUUUGGCUGAUUGUUGACAAAGCUCUCCAAAUACCCAACCUUGAACAACCUCGAAAAGCAAAGCAACGUUCCCAAGGUCUACGCUUUCUUGGGUGUUAUUGCAUUUUACUUCUUUUUCAUCUUCUUCAACAUUGGAGGUCAACUUCUUACAAACCUUGCUGGAUUUGGUCUUCCGGGGUACUACUCUUUAGAAGCUUUGUUCAGUGUUGGAAAAGCGGACGACACCCAGUGGCUCACGGUAAAUAAUUCGCAAAUGAUACUUGAUCGGACUAGUGCUGAUAUAUCUAAACCUCCAGUACUGGGUCGUCUUCGGCUUCUUGACUGUGUUUGAGAGUGUGUUCACCGUUGUAUAUUGGUUCCCCUUCUACUACACCUUCAAGUUCGUGCUCGUUUUGUGGCUCGCACUCCCAGUCACCAGGUAAGAUUCAUAUGACCCUAACCACGCACGCAUCCUCGGAUAGGGCUAAUACUCUUUAUUAGCGGUGCCCAAAUCGUCUUCCGCUCCUUCAUUUCACCAGUCUUUUCCAGAUACUUCUCAGGUGCUAGCAAGGUCAACGCUACUGUUGACAAGUCCUUGUAAUGGAUUAGCAAAGUGUGUACCACUAUCGUGCUGCCGAAAUCAUCCAUCUCAGCAAUACAUGGGCAGAAUGGUGGGAACAUGCGUAGAGCCAUGAAUGAUAAUUGUAGGCGUCAGACUAUGAGUGGCCGGGGUCUUGAGCCGUGGGCGUAGUGGGUAGAGCAGAAACUGCCAGGCAUGAAUGAUGUUAGUGGGACAUUGCAACGAACUUCUUAUCAUCUGUGGGACAAUUCGGGUGCUUUGUUGAUAUUGCCUAAAAUUCACCAAUAGUCUCGUAUUUUUUUGGUUCAAAUUGAUGGGAUAUGUGGUCGGGGACAUUUUGUUGACAAUUUAUUUAGGUAGUGGUACGUAUGAUAUGACAAUAGGAAGGCCGAAUUGAUAAAAUUCGUGCCACAACUACCUCGAAAUGCUUAAUGAAAAAUCUA